AUGGUGGAUAUUAUUUUUCCUUCCCCUUUUGGAGGUGCGAUGGGGGAUCACACCAAAAAGAAACCCGGGAUCGCCACGUGCGUGGGCUGCGGGAGCGAAAUCCACGACCAGUACAUCCUCAAGGUCUCGCCGGACCUGGAGUGGCACGCGGCGUGUCUGAAGUGCGCGGAUUGUAGCCAGUACCUGGACGAGACGUGUACUUGCUUCGUGCGCGAUGGCAAAACUUACUGUAAAAGAGAUUACAUCAGGCUCUUCGGCAUCAAGUGCGCCAAGUGCGCGGGCGGCUUCAGCAGCAGCGACCUGGUCAUGCGCGCCCGCGACCACGUCUACCACCUGGAAUGCUUCCGAUGCUCAGUCUGCAGCCGGCAGCUCCUGCCCGGGGACGAGUUCUCGCUGCGCGACCACGAGCUGCUCUGCCGCGCCGACCACAGCCUCCUGCUCGACGGCGCCGGCUCAGCCGAGAGCCCCCCGCGCAGCCCCGGACACCUGCAGGGCGCCAGGCCGGGACACCUCCAGCUCCCAGACGCGGUGCCCGGGCGGCAGCCCUCCCUGCGUCCCCACGUGCACAAGCAGGCGGAGAAGACGACGCGGGUUCGGACGGUGCUGAACGAGAAGCAGCUUCACACGCUGCGCACCUGCUACGCGGCCAACCCGCGGCCGGACGCGCUGAUGAAGGAGCAGCUGGUGGAGAUGACCGGGCUGAGCCCACGCGUGAUCCGCGUCUGGUUCCAGAACAAGCGCUGCAAAGACAAGAAGAAGUCCAUCCUCAUGAAACAGCUGCAGCAGCAGCAGCAGCAGCACAGCGACAAGGCAAGCUUGCAGGGCUUAACAGGCACCCCUUUGGUUGCUGGCAGCCCCAUCCGCCACGACAGCGCCGUGCAAGGGAGCGCGGUAGAGGUGCAGACGUACCAGCCGCCCUGGAAAGCUCUCAGCAAUUUUGCUCUGCAGAGCGACUUGGAUCAGCCCGCCUUCCAGCAACUGCUCUCCAUUUCUGAAUCCGGCUCCUUAGGGAACUCCUCGGGCAGCGACGUCACCUCUUUAUCGUCCCAGCUCCCAGAUACCCCCAACAGCAUGGUUCCUAGUCCAGUGGAAACGUGA